GCCAAGUAGCGUGAAAUGAACGAGUUGUGGUUAAAUUAAAAUUUUUUAUUUUUAUUAAUUAAUUAAUUAAUAUUAUACAACUUACCAUUUAAAUAAUACAAAAUUUUCAUUUUCAUUCCAAUGAAAACGUUCUCAUAUUAACGGAUUACGAAUGUAAUUUGAUAUUGUGAUUUAUGAAGCUAUCGUUUUCUAACAUUUAAAGGUUAGAAUACACAAAACAGUGAAUAAGUGUAGUAUCACAUUUAUCAGUAUCGUUUUUAUAUUCGGUAAAUAAUUAAAAAUGUUAACUCCACGUUUUGAAUUAUCGCAAACCGAAGAUAACUUAAAGAUUAUUAUACAUGCGCCUUAUGCCAAUAUUAAAGACACUGUGGUCCAUGUUGAUGGAACAGACUUUCGUUUUUAUUCCACUCCUUAUUAUUUGAGUAGAUUGAAUUUACCAGGAGAGAUAGAAGAAAAUGAUGCCUCAACAGGUGAUUACAUUUGUGAAAAGGGUGAUUUUACUAUGACAUUUUCUAAAGUUUGUAAAGGUGAACACUUUGAAAAUUUGGAUAUGAUAACAACUUUAUUAGCUCCAAUAAAGAAAAAAACCAAUUUUGUGCCAACAAUAGAAGUUAUUAGUAAUCCAUGUAUUUUCGAUGAUGACUUGAGUGAAAACGAAUUUAAUACUGAAAAUAUAGACAAUGAUGAUAGUGAAACUGCUAAUGAAUGGUCAACUCCUCAAAAUCCAAUAACAUUGGCUAGUGAAGUGUCAUUGGACUCUCCAAAAUAUGGAUUUGGAAAUAAAAUUUCUGGCGCCUUAAAUGCUUUUGAAGAUUCAUGGAUUAGAGAAAUCAUAGAUUUACCUUUACCAGACAAGACAUUGCCAGAAAAUCGUCAAAAGUUGCGUGAAAAGCAUGAACUUGAGAGUUUCAAUGAAGAAUAUUAUAUGGCUGAUUUAAUGGAACCUGAAUGUGUUGAAUCAUAUUUGUCAUAUAAAUGUGAUUUGGAAAAAGGUACAGAGGGUGAAGUAAAGUUUGAUGAUACAGAAAAAGAUAUACUGAAAGAGUUACCUAACAAGGAAUACUUAUUGAAUGAGAAUGAAAUAAAAACAGUAUUAUAUAGUAUGAUUGAUAUACUCUUUGCGAGUUGCUAUAAUUAUCGAAUAACACUUGGAGAAAAUAAUGUUGAGAGUGGUUGGACAAUAAGUAAAUUAAGCGCAACACUUUCCUGGUUUCAAAAUUUUACAAAUCUACACGACGUAAUAUUAAGUAGCAUUCGACGUUCAUUGUGCUAUCCACAAGUAAGAAAUUGGAAUCUUUCUAUGAAAAUUUUUCAAGAUGUAAGAGACAUUGUCAAAUUAGGUAAAAAAUAUAUAAUCAAACGUUUUUGCGAAAUCCACUCAAUAUUCAAUAAUUCAUAUGAACCAAGAUAUGUCUUGAAUCAAUUAUAUAUAAAGGACUACCUCAUAUGGUUACAACAACUUCCAGAUUCGAAAAUAAAAGAAGUUGACUUAUGGUUGGAAAAUAUUGAUAUUAAAAAGGAAGAACUAGGUUUGGACCUCGUUGAGCUAGAAGAAGCUGCGUAUUCUGUUCAAGAAGAAAACUUGGUUAUAGAAAAUGAAAUAAAAAUCGUGUAUAAUUUACCAGAUGAUUUACAAAAGCUUGUUAUCAGUAGUAAUGCUAACAAACAGCAAACUGGUCAUCCAAAAUUAAUAACUUAUAGCGACAGCGAUUCGGAAUCUGAUAGUUUAAGCUUUUCAAGUAGUAGCAGUAGUUCAAGCAGCAGCGAUUCAACAUGGGCCGUUUCAGAAAAUGACAAUGAUGAAAUAACCGAUAUGAGUAAUAAAACCAGUAAUGAUAUUCUCGAUUCAGAUGAUGACCCUAAUUGA